GCUUGUUUGGGAUUCGGCCUAUGAGGAAAGACUGCCCUCCAACCCGGAAGUGCAUCCAACCCGACUCGUGCACAUGGAAGAUGCACAGAACAUCCACAUGCAGGGGCUAAAUAAACAGUUCGGCCGAGUAUCACUACUGGACUGAACAGCUCUACCCUGUAAUGAAGAGAACUUCUUGUAACGUUGCAGUUAUUCUGUGGAAAUAUUUGUUGUCUUGAAGUAUGUCAGGAAUUAAUGUUAACUUGGACUUCAGUGGCCCUGGCCGUAAUGAGUGCCAAGAGAAAGCCAGUGGAAAUGCCAAACACGAACAAUUCAAUAGAAAGAGGCGCUACCUGGAGCGUAAAGGUUUGCUGAAUAAAAAGCAAAACACAAAUAACAGUCAAAAAGGAAAAUGCACAAAGAAUCAUUUGCAUUGGAAAAGAAGGGACCAUUCACAAGCCAGUGCUGUUUUCCCAAAAUUUACUACUCUACAGCCCGAAUUGUCCGCAAAUUCCCCCAAUUUCAUGCAAGCCCACCAUGGGAACUCUGCGACCAUCAAGAAAUUCACAGUGCCUUCAAAGUCAACAUCUAGAGCAGGAUUCAGUUCAGUACUGCACAACCCGAUGAAAUAUGUAGCCCUUGACUGUGAGAUGGUAGGGACAGGGCUCAAAGGUCAUUGCAGUGAGCUGGCCCGCUGCAGCAUAGUCUCCUAUGAUGGGGACGUAAUUUAUGACAAGUUCAUCAAGCCUGUUAAUCCAGUUACAGAUCUUCGCACUCCCUGGAGUGGAGUGAGAUGGCGAGAUCUCCAUAAUGCAACACCCUUCAAACGAGCCCAGAGAGAGAUUGUAAAGAUCCUCACAGGGAAAGUGGUUGUGGGCCAUGCUGUCCAUAAUGAUUUUAAGGUUUUGCAUUAUUUCCAUCCUGUCCACCUCGUGCGAGACACCUCACGCAGUCCCAUCCUGAAUCGGAAAGCUGGUCUUCCAGAAAACAAGUCUGCCUCUCUGAAGACCCUCACAAAGAUUCUCUUGAACACGGAUAUACAGAUGGGAAAGGGAGGCCACUCUUCAGUAGAAGACGCAAAAGCCACCAUGGAGCUAUAUAAAACAGUAGCAGUGGAAUGGGAGAUGACUUUAGCUUUAAAUACUGCUUCCUAGAGAAAAAACCUGCUGGGUGAUGCCAAGUUUUCUACUUAAUUAAUGCUCAGUGUUUUAAGAAUGAGAUUUCAGCCUUUAAACCUAAACUUAAUCCUAGUUUUAAAUACAAAAAAGCUCUCCAACCAAUUUUAAAACUGUUAAUGCUACUUCCACAGUUUGAAAUGAUUGUUGUUCAGGUGCUAGUUGACAACUUAUCAUAACAACAUAUCUAAAUAAAACAGUAAACUGCAAUGAGUGGUUAGUAACGAUUUGGUGAGUUCAACUCUAAUUUCAGUUGUCAUUGUAGAGUUUAAUCUAGAGUAAUCAAUUUCUGUGUGAGUGCAGUCGGUGUCUUUUUGGUGUUCAGGCAGGUUGGUGGCACAUCUGGAACUGGGGGGGGGAGGGGGGUGCCGGAUGGCGCCGGAUGGCAGCAUGUCUGAUGGCACGCCUGGGAACGUUGGAAUGGGUUAGUCUCUACACCCUCUCUACCUUUAUUUUUUAUAUAAGUCUGGGUUGCCUUUUUUAAGCUCUUGUAAAUUCUCUACAAGAGGAGUAAAUUACAACCAAAGCCGCCUACAUCACCAAUCCUUCAAUGAAUCAUACAUGCAGGCUUCUAGUCCUAAAAUCCUUCUCAUACAUCACUUAGUCAUUGAUUCCAUGCCAUGUAUGGUAUGGCUUUUCUGCUUUAAUAUUUGGCGAACAGUCAGCUUGUGUAGUAUGUUUGCUAAACUGUUCUUCACAGUUGGCAAAUAGGGUUCUGAGUCAGCUACUGGCCAUCUAUAUUCACAGGGUGGUCAAAAAAAAAAGUCUGUUCAGCAGUUAUUUCAGCACACAUUACACCAAAUUGUAAGUUCUACUUGCCAAGCUGUUACAAGAGGGAACAACUGGAUCAUAUUUAAUUUUAUAUCAUUGAGUUUAUGUAAAGAUUGUUUGAAGAUUGUCUCAUAUUUCCUUUAGAAGAAUCAAAUGAUUUUAGCUGGAAAACUUAGUCUUGCUGGAAGGUGAUGGCAGACACAACUGUGGAUGUGGUAUGCUAAAGCUAGGUACUUUUGAUGCAAGUUCAUACUUUCCUAGUAGUGGUUUGGAAACAGCGGGUGCUGAUGGAACGGUUACCAGUUAGACGAACCUAUUUUUAUCCAUGUGUCAGUCUGAAUGGUGUGCAGAUGUGUUGGUUUUGUAACUGUCUGAAAGUUAAAAAAAAAAAAAAAAAGUUACCUAAUCAGUAAUUUUGCUUAGAUUACGCUAAUAUUAGAAGAGUAAUUACGCUAAUAUUAGAGACUUUGUUGACUUUGAAAACAUGCAGUUUUUCAGCAUUCCCACUUGUAACCAUGUAAGAUGGACAUUAUAAAUUGAUCUUUACUUAACUUUGAAA